UAUAAGCUAUGUACGGUGAAAACAGAUUCCGGCGCUAUAAAAGCGUCCAGUUGCGUAUUCAGCGUUUCAUUAGACUCAUUAGACAUCCCAGGUUGAACAUGAGUGUUUUCAUCGUCCUCUUUAUCGCUUCUUUGGCUUUGGUUAACCAGGCUCAUCCACAUGGUGGUCAUGGUGCCGAUACGUUACAUGAUGGUGAUCAUCUCGAUUUUUUAGACUUGGCCGCUAUAAUUGCAACAUCCACGCAACACAACGAUAUCGAUGACGAAGCAGCACAUUUAACAAAGUCCAAAUUGCUGAGCUGUAUUUCAGAAGAAUCUCGAAACGAGAUCCACGAGCAAUGCGAAGAGCAAUUUCAUGGAAAUCCUGAUCACACACCUUCGAUGACAGCCAUCUGUAUUUUAAACAUGAUGAACGUAAUUGACAACGCUACAGGAAUUGUUGAUAUCUCCUUGCUGAAUGUGCUCACCAUUGAGCCAACCUCCCUUACAACUGAGCAGAAAAUCUUAGCGUCUGGAAACCUCAAAUCUUGUAUCGAAUCUAACUACACUUUGCCAACACCUCCUGAUUUCAUGCUUGCUUCUAGAAAUAUGACCAAGGAAGACUUUGUGAAAAAAUACGAUCGAAACAGUGCGAUGCGAACUAUUGUUUGCGCGGUAAAAGCUCUCAUCGAAAACGGAUGUUCCAGCGCUUCACCCAUGGCUGCUUUAGUUGUUGCUCCAGUUAACUCAAACGAUGACAGUUCCUCGGACGAAGAUUCAUCCCGUUGUCCUUUGCAGGAUAAUGACGAUGAUUAACUUAAAAAAGGCCUACUUCGACACCCCUUGACAUAAAAACGGAACAAAAAUGUCUUUGCCGUCUCUGGAUUUCAUCGAUUAGAGAAAUUAAUCAGCAAACAAAGGGAUUUUGCUUCAAAUUUACUACUUUCUGAUAUAAAAUGGAAUUCAUAAUAUAGGCUAUUUCUGCCGGUGUAAUGAAAUGUAAUCUGAAUACAGCAUAUUAAAAAAUCAAA